AUGGUUGAAUUUAAGUCAUCACAAUCUAUCAAAUCAACUAACUAUAACUUACCAAAACCUAAACCAGCAUACUAUCCUCAUGAAGGAUCAAAACUAUACGCCAAUAAAGAUUUGUAUAAAUCAAUUCACGAAGCUCCAAAGACUUUAAUUUCAAAACAUAGAUGUGCAAAAAGAGACGGUAUAGCUGUCAAAAUUCCAGCAAAAUCAAUUGUUAGGAUAACAACACCAGAAGGUCCACAAGUUUGUGAUUUAAACAUAUGGAACUUAAAUGAUAAAAGAGAAAGACUUUGGGUUGCGAGAACAGCUCAAUUGCAUAGUUACCAUGUUUCAACUUAUGAUAGAUUAUGGCUGAAUUUACCUUUCUUAAGACCAUUAGUUACUAUAACUGGAGAUUCUUUAGGCCCAAGAAAAGAUGAGCAUGGUGGAAGAGUUCAUGGAACAAGAUGUGAUCCCUACGUUGAUAGACUACUUAGUGGUGAACAUAAUGAUUAUCAUUGUCAUUCUAAUUUAUACAGAGCUAUAAAACCUCAUGGUUUAGACGAAUUUGAUGUUCAUGAUGUAUUAAAUGUAUUUCAAGUUACAGGUUUACUGGAAGAAUCUGAUCAAUAUUUUAUGGAAACUUGUCCAGCAAAACCUGGAGAUUAUUUUGAAAUGUUUGCAGAAAUUGAUUUGUUAGUUGCAAUAAGUGCUUGUCCUGGUGGUGAUUUAUCAAUGUGGGAAUUUGGGGAAACUGAAGAUAGUCAACUGAAAAUGGAAGAUUGUUGUAGACCUUUAGAGAUUGAAGUUUAUAAGAUUGAUAAUGAGGACAAGGUUUUGCAGAAUUGGGAAGCUCCUAAUGUUGUUGAUUACAAGGGUAAUCAUGGUAUCAAGAAAUAA